UGUCUGUGAAUCAAUUAAUUGAUCGACCGAUUGAUUGAUUGAUUGAUUGAUUGGUUGAUCGGCCUUGUGGUGCUGUCUGAUCGCGCCACGUGGCACCAAUUUUGCCCCGUCUCCUUCAGCCAUGGCGUUGUCGUCGCCAUCGCCAGCGUCCUCAUUGGUUCAGCCCCCGUCGUCAUCGCUAACGCCAGCCCAGGUCUUGAAGCGAGAUAUUCCAUGGGAGACUUACAUGACAGCGAAGGAUGGACCGGCUUAUAUCCGAACUUUCGUGACAAUGUUGCUGAGAAUGUCGAAGGAGGAGACCAUCGAGUACAUCUUGGCCGUCAUGGAUGAUCUGCUCAAUGGUGAGUACAUCUUACUACUGUCGAACAGGAAUGACUUCAUUGUGGACAAGUCGUCAAGGAUUCUGGCCUUGAUUCUGAGUUCACGGCCCAAGGAUGAGGAAGCUCGGGCGAGUGAUGGUUCAGGGGUGUCUGUGGCCACUGGGGUUGAAGAUGUGCUCCAGAGAUUUGUGACAUGGCUCUGCUCUCAGCUGCGACACUCAUCACACACGUCUAAAGCUGUCGCUGGUGCAGUAAAUUGCUUGUCGGUGCUGCUUAGGGAAGUAGCUGUCAGGGCUAUGUUUAUCCGCCAAGAGGGUUUGAAGUACUUGAGCGUCCUCAUCACGCCCGCAUCAAGUCUGCAGCAAAUGCAGCUGCUGUAUGAGGCAAUUCUCUGUGUCUGGCUGUUGACGUUCUACGAGGGAGCGGCGCAGCAAUUUGGGAGCACACAAGUCAUUCCUGGACUCAUCGAUGUCGCCAAGAACUCUACGAAGGAGAAGGUGACCAGAGUGGCUAUUCUGUCCUUGAAGAACUUGUUGCAGAAGGCCAAUUUCGGGAACGUAAUGGUUGAUAGCGGGCUGCCAAAGGUUGUUCAAGUUCUGAAGAUGCAGGCGUGGGCAGAUGAGGAUCUGAAGGACGCGCUCGAUUCGCUCGAGGAGUCGUUGAGGGUAAACAUCAAGGUUCUCAGUUCGUUUGAGCAGUACAGGAAGGAAGUACUUUCUGGCUCUUUGGAGUGGACGCCAAUGCACAAGGACGUCUCCUUUUGGUCGGAGAACAUCAAGCACUUCGAGGAGCAUGACUUUGAGGUGAGGAUUGCCGCUCUGCACAUGUGUGAGGAGACUGAUGUCCCGGCGUAGAGGGGUUUGUGUAAUCCCCACGUAGGUCCACUAGUAUUAGCUUAUUACAUAACCUCUGCUGAGUAUCGUACGCCCACUGGCCAAUCUCUGCUGUUUACAAUGCACAGGGCACACAGGACAUGUUGUGAAGAUUUCACAAUCAAUGGAAUAUCAUCCG